AUGAACCGCACUCUCCUACAUGGAGUUCGAGUCAUCGAGCUGGCCGGACUUGCUCCUGUACCCCACUGUGGGAUGGUGUUAGCUGACUUCGGUGCUACUGUCACAGUUAUUGAUAAGCCUAUCCGCGAUGGAGACAUACCCAUGGAACAGCGCAUGGCAGAACGUAAAACACAACAAAGUCUGGAUCUGAAAUCAUCAAAAGAUGUAGAGAAGCUCAAAAAACUCUGCCAAACCAGCGAUGUACUUCUCGAUCCGUAUCGCCCAGGUGUUUUGGAACAACUAGGUCUUGAUCCAGUCAGGCUUCUCGAGGUGGGUUUCCGAGAAUCCUCCAAUACCGCCUUGCUCAGCACCCUUGAAGCACCCUAG